CUAAUAAUAGGUUCAUUGUCUCCAACUUAUAAUAAUGUGAUUUUUAUUGUUAUAGGUCCAUGUGAGGUGGAAACAGGACAGUCUAGUAUUAUAGUUGACAUUGAGGAAAGCAGAGGAGACCAGGUUAACCAAAGCACGAUACCAGCCGACCUUCCCAUAGUGGGGGAGCCAGAUGUAGAUGUGAUAUUAUCCACGGUGUUCCCUAAGGGCCCAACGCUGUUUCAGCUUGAUGGAAAGCGUUUGCAGCUGCUGCAGCCGCUUGAUAGGGACGCUGACAAUUUGUCGCAUAUGGUAUUUCAGUUGGUUUGUCAGGUGAAAGCCACGAAGAAGAGGCGGACCAUACCGGUGAUUGUCAGAGUGUCUGAUAUCAACGACAACGCGCCUAUAUUCCAAGGGACGCCGUAUGAAGCCAGCGUCUCCGAGUUAGCACCAAUUGGCACAACAAUAUUUGAAGGCGUCAGAGCUGUAGACAUGGACGCCGGCGUCAACGGCCUAGCCGAAUACUUCAUUAUACCAGGUGAUAACGCCACAUUGGAGAAGAACAAUGCUGCGGAUGGUUAUGGAUUCUUCGCGAUUCCCCUGCCCCAUGUUGGUCACGUGACUGUUAAUAGAAGUCUGGAUUAUGAACGCACUCAGCAGUAUCUAGUCACAAUCGUCGCUGCUGACCGCGCACGUGAUACAAAGAGACGUCUUUCGAGCACCACCACGAUGACAGUGACUGUUCAAGACGAUGAUGAUCAAGACCCCUCUUUUAUAUACAAGGGCUGCACUUUACACGAAGGCGCUUGCUUUAAUCCAGAAUACACUAGCUAUGUCAACAGUGGAGUACUAGCUGGAAUCCUAACCAUCGAACCAGAGAAGAUCCAAGCAGUCGACAUGGAUACUUUAGACGCUAGGAUACGGUACAGCAUUGAGAGUGGCGAGCCAGACUCCUGGGCGACUUACUUCGCAAUAGAUCCUAACACAGGCGCUGUGAGGCAACUUGUUCCUGUUGAUACUACUAUUGCUAAGAAGUUUCAACUAGAUAUUAAGGCUGAGGAAGUAUCAGAAGCAAAGCGUUUCACUACAGCGAAGUUGACGAUCACAGUGCGGCCGGUGGAUGCAAGUCCGCCGGUGGUCGCCGCGUCAUCAGACGAGGGGCAAGUUGAAGAGAACUCUCCUAAAGGCACCAAGGUCUUAGACGCCAAUGGUGAACCUAUCAAACUGACAGUUUCUGAUCCUGAUUUGGGUCCUGGUGAUCCGGUGCCAAAAUACACAUUCGAGCUGACGACAAACUUCUUCGACAUCGACAAAGAUGGCCACCUCGUGGUCAGUGAUGAGACGCUUGAUCGCGACCCACCGAAUACUGGCAAAUUUAGAAUACAGGUUGUAGCUCGAGAAGCUAACGGUGGCGCGGCUUCGGCCCCGUACUCAUUAGCCGUACAUUUGAUAGACCAGAAUGAUAACGCGCCGGUCAUUCCGAAGACACCACCCAUCACCGUGCCGGCGAGCUUGGAGCCCACACCUGUCCAUAAGGUGGAGGCGGUAGACAUUGACGAGGGUGAGAACGCUCGCAUAACAUACAGUCUGUACCACGUGUCUAACAACGGCGCCAACAAGUUCACUAUAGACCCUAACACGGGUGUUAUAUCAAGCACAGGCCGCUUACAAGCAGGGGAACAGUACAGUGUAACGAUCCGAGCCAGUGAUGCCAAGGGACUCAGUUCCCAGGGUAUAGUGGAACUGCGAGUGGCCCCUGGCCCUAAUACCAAGGCUCCGGCGUUCACUGCGAGGGACUACUACGCGCCGGUGUCAGAGGGCGCUGCUAUCAACUCUACUGUUACCACUGUUACUGCGAAGGAUCCAGAGAAUGAACCGGUGACGUACUCGAUAGUGUCCGGCAACGAUCUCCGUCAGUUCGCGAUCGGAUCAAACACCGGCAUUAUCACUGUCAUCAGAAGUCUAGACAGAGAGGUCCUUACGCGAUAUCAACUGAUGGUAAAAGCUGAGGAUCCAGGAAAACUAGCGAGCACGGCCACUGUUAACAUCAAAGUAACAGAUAUCAACGACAAUAACCCCAAGUUCGACGAAGACUCAUAUCUGUUUCAUGUUAAAGAAGGCGUCUCAGGUGAAUUUGUUGGUUAUGUUCACGCCACUGAUGCUGAUGAGGGGGUAAACGCGAUGAUAACUUACAGUAUACCGACGCACCUACCUUUCUCCAUAGAUAAUAGUACAGGCAUGAUUAGUACUCUUACGAAACUUGACUAUGAAAAAACCAAGGACUACUCGUUCGUAGUGACGGCGACAGACGGCGCCGUGGACAAGCGGCUCGGCACCGCGUCCGUCACCGUGCAGGUGCAGGACGUGCCCGACGAGGUGCCCAUGUUCCCACUGCCGCUCUACUCCGUGCAUGUACCCGAAAAUGUACCUAAUUACCCCGUCGUUAAGGUUCAGGCAAAAGAUCCAGACACAAUUCCAGAAAUAACAUACACUAUAAUGAUCGGAGACACCGAUUUAUUCUCCAUCGACAGAAAGAGUGGGUUAAUUAGAACUUUAAAGGCACUAGAUAGAGAAAUAGCGGCAAGACAUGAACUCAUAGUAGGCACUGAGGAAAACAAUGAGCAGGGACCAGGAGCAACCACUACUGUCGAGAUAUUGGUCGAUGACAAAAACGAUAACGCACCUAUAUUCACGUCAGUGAUCCGUCCGGUGACUAUCGAGGACUCCGCCUCCAUCGGCAGCAUGGUGCAGACCGUCGUGGCCGUGGACUCCGACGACACCGCGCCCAACAACCGCGUGCGAUACAAACUCGUCGGCCGCGGAAGGUUCUCCAAGUACUUCCACGUCGAGUCGGACUCCGGCGUGCUGAGGGUCCGCGACGACUUGAGGAAGGAGACUGAUAGCGAAUAUACG